AUGGAUGCUAUAUCAGAUAAGGGCAAUGGGGAUGUUGGUGAAAGAUUUCUCUUCAGCUCUGAGUCCGUAGGAGAGGGUCAUCCAGGUAAUGAAAUUAACCAUGUAACCAAACGUCUCCAGAUAAAAUUUGUGAUCAAUGACGCUAUCCUGGAUGAAUUUUUGAGCGCGGAUCCAGAUGCAAAAGUCGCGUGCGAAACCUUCACAAAAACUGGGAUGAUCCUUAUUGGUGGGGAAAUUUCAUCGAACGCAACUGUUGACUUUCAAGCCGUCGUUCGCCGUGUUGUCAAGCAAAUAGGGUACGAUGAUUCGCGCAAGGGGUUUGACUAUAAAACCUGCAAUGUCCUCACCGCCAUUGAACAACAGAGUCCUGAUAUUGCUCAGUGUGUACACGAAGGACGCACGAUGGAGGAACUGGGUGCAGGUGAUCAGGGUCUUAUGUUUGGCUAUGCCACUGAUGAAACCGAGGAAUGCAUGCCUAUUACCCUUAUGCUGGCACAUGCUCUCAAUCAAAGGCUUGCCUUGUGUCGACGUGAUGGAACCCUGCCUUGGGCACGGCCGGAUUCAAAGACGCAGGUGACAGUGGAGUACUUGAAGGACAAAGGCGCAUGUAAACCGUUGCGGGUGCACACAGUUGUGGUGUCAAUCCAGCACGACCAGUACGUGUCUAUCGAGAGACUGCGUUCGGAGGUCAUGCAAUGCGUCGUCCGUCAGGUGAUCCCGAGCUACCUUAUUGACAAAGAUACCAUAUUUCACAUCAAUCCGUCUGGACGUUUCGUCAUCGGUGGUCCGCAGAGCGAUGCGGGUCUCACUGGUAAACAGUUUUGA